AUGGCUUCCUCAUUCACUGUCAAGGCUCGCCAACUCGCCCUCGCCGAGGCUACACACUUCAAGCUUCAAUCUCUAAAGAAAAUCUCUGCGCCUAUUUCGGUCUCUCAAAUUGUCGAAUCCGACUCAACCACUCAAAUUUGGAGGAUCAGCAAGCUCAAAGUUAAAGGCUGCCAGCACCAACAGGGAUCGAUCAAAGUGGCCCAUCACAAAAACUUCAAACUUCUGAAGCAAAUUGCCAAGAUCGCUCCUAUUCCGCUUAAAAUGCCAUUUGACAUGAAGAAAAUCUUGGCUUGCUUCUCAGAACCUUCGCUUCUGGUCAAAAUCGACGAACAAAAACCUUCCGAUCCAGAUCUGUUCGAGUCACUCAAUGCAAGAAGAAUAGAGCUUGGAGCCGAAUCAGGAACUUUGAGAGUUCCACUUCCAGUUUCAAAGAGGACUCCGCUGCCAUCAUCGCCUACGCAAGUAAUUGUUCAAUCGCCAAAUUCGAAGCUUUCUCAGAGCCGAGCCGAUCUCAACAAACUCCUGGAAGAAAAAAACAGAAGAACGGUAUCAACUCCAAGGACCGUCCCUGCAAUCAGACGUUCAAGGCCAUAUAUUCCCACGGAAGCCAGCAAAGAGGAGGGAAAGGUCAAGGACAUCGAAAAGUGGACCAAGAAGUCAGAAAAAGCGGCCCAAGAGACCCUGGCAUACAAACAACGAUUUGUAAGGUGGAUGAGGGAGGAACUCUCUCAACCAAAACCCCUCCAAGCUGUCAUGAGCAGUAUCCCGCCACAACACCAAAUCUACUUCGGCAAGAAACACGUCGAAACAGCUCCUGGACCGGCACCGAAACCAGCAGUCCAGCGGAUCAACAACCAAUGGAACGUCACCUACCGGCCACGAAAGCCAAGUCCUCUAUCUCAAGUCAGCUCAGCCACCAAUGUCGCCAAAGUUGUCAGAGUUCAAAUCGACAAUCGCAAAAUUCCAACUCGGGAGCACGAAGAUCCUGAGAUCGAAGAAGAGUCCGAACAGGACACCGAGACAGAACAGGAAAAGAUGGACGCAGACAUCUACUUCACAGAAGACGAAGAAGAUCAAACAACUACCACGACAAAACGACGUCGAGAGCAAGCAUCAUCACCACCACUCUCGUUCAGAAAGAAAUUGAGACUUGACGACGAUUGA